UGUGCUGUGUUUACGACGAAAAUUAUAUUUUUUGAUCAUCUGACGCAUCAGACUAUGCACAUGGGCAGAUUCUAGUUCUUCUUUCCCUUCGAAUUACUCAUUUUCUUCCCGAAAGCUCUCGAGCUUUGCGCAAACCUCUCAUUUCCACCGUGAUGGCCGAUCCUAGGGUUAAAUCUCUCAAGAUCAAAUCGGGUAUUUUGAAGAGGAUUACCAAGGAAAAGGUUUUGUACGUCCAGGAGGCUGAAAAGCAGGGCGAAAAAGUGAAGCAGAUGAAAGAAAAAGAGGAGGACGAGUAUCACAUCCGUAAGCAAGAAGAAGUAUUAGCCGAGUCCCGGAUGAUGGUUCCUGAAUGUCAGAAACGCCUUGUCAAAGCCUAUGAAGAUCUGAAAAACCUGAUUGAUUUUGAAACAGACCUCAAGGGCUCAGAAGAAUAUAAAGUGGCACUCGGUAUUCUCGGCGACGCUGAAGUGCACAUUGAUUCUGCCAACUAAU